UCGAAAUAUUCGUACACAGUGUGUCCACGCGCGUGUCAGCGAGUCAACGUAACGAUUUUCGUGCAAUACAUAAUAAACACGCGCAAUGGAAGAUACUUCGAAAUCUGCAGCUCGAACCGAAGGCGACGAGGAGGAGCUGGAGGACGAGGAAGAGGAGGAUGAGGAGAAUCAGGAUCAGGAGACGAUCGGCUCGAUGGGCGAGAUCGAGGAGAUGAGGUACAUACACUCGCCGCAGGAUCGCGAUCUGUGGAAUUUGACCCUGCCCUCGGGAUUUUUGAAUCGAUUGUCCUCGCUCAGCCUUGUGGAAGAUAAAAGCAACGUCGAAUCUGAAGCAUCGGAGGUCGACAACUUAAGCUUGCUCAACGUAUCGGACCUGAGCGUCGAGCAGAUAGAGCCAACACCGAAAAAGCGAGAAAAAAGCAUCGUUCUGUCGAGCAGCGAGGAGACGUCCCCCGACGUCGUUUACCUGGGCAAACGUCGCCGACAGUCUUGCGAGGAGGACGCCGACGACGAAAACGAUGAGAGCCCCGAAAACGCCAGCAGCAGCUGCGGCCAGUACGACGAGGAGACGGACCUCAGCAAAUUCGUCAUGGGCUACUGGCGCAAUUCCGAGGAGGAGGGGCAGCUCGGGCUCGAUCUGCCGGAUCGGCAGAUCCUCGACGACGAGGAUAACGUCGACGACGACGGCGACGACGAGGAGGAGGAGGAGGAGGAAGAUCUCGAUACCACCGCAGAAGUCACGCAGGAGACGUUUCUCACGGCUAGCGACGAGUGGCUGACCGACUCGCCGGUCAAAGUUCAUCUGCCCUCUUGCAGCAGCAGUUGUUGCGCAGAAGAGCAGCCCAGCACCACCGAAAGGGCUAUGAAGAACGUUCCAGGACCAGCGCAAAACCGACUGACCGAGGGAGAGAUCUUCGACAGCGAGACCGGCUUGCCGCGCCUCAAGCUGCUGCGCGAUCACUUGCUGCGCGAGGGAAGAUUGGAGGAGUCGGCGGUGCUGCGCAUCGUCAAGCAGGGCGCCGAGCACUUCGCCCGCGAGCCCAACCUCAUCAAAGUUCCCGCUCCCGUCACGAUUUGCGGCGACAUUCACGGCCAGUACUUCGAUCUCAUGAGGCUCUUGGAGCUCGGCGGUUCGCCCACCGACACCACCUACCUGUUCCUCGGCGACUACGUCGAUCGGGGCUGCUUCGGCAUCGAGUGCGUCCUGUACCUCUGGUCGCUCAAGUGCUGCCACCCCGACACCUUCUUCUUGCUGCGCGGCAAUCACGAGUGUCGCCACCUCACCGCGUACUUCACCUUCAAGCGCGAGUGCGAGGUCAAGUACUCGCUCCAGGUCUACGACGCCUGCAUGCUGGCCUUCGACGCUCUGCCGCUGGCCGCCCUCAUGAACGGCCAGUUCCUCUGCGUGCACGGCGGACUGUCGCCCGAGAUCCUGAAAGUCGAGGACAUCAAUAAAAUCGAGAGAUUCAAGGAGCCGUCGUCGCACGGCGCCCUCUGCGAUCUGCUCUGGUCCGAUCCCGAGGAGCACUACGACGACGGAGCGCAGAAGGAUUUUUACGCGUACAAUUCGACGCGCGGCUGCUCGUAUUACUACAGCUACGCGGCCGUGUGCGACUUUCUCGAGCGCAACGGCCUGCUGGGAGUGAUAAGGGCUCACGAGGCGCAGGACGCCGGUUACAGGUUAUACAGGGCGACGAGCAACAAGUUCCCGUCGCUCCUGACGCUGUUCAGCGCGCCGAAUUAUCUCGAUGUCUAUGGCAAUAAGGCUGCCAUACUGGUGUACUCGAACAACAAUCUUAACAUAAAGCAGUUCGACGCUAUGCCGCAUCCCUACUGGUUGCCCAAUUUCAGCAACGUCUUCGAAUGGUCCAUACCGUUCGUUGGCGAGAAGGUGACGGACAUACUGCUCGCCGUACUGAACAUCUGCUCUGAAGAGGAGAUAAGUCAAGGCGAGGACGAUUCCCUCAAUGAUUCACAAGGAAUGUCGACUGCCAGUCGUAGGGACAUAAUAAAAAAUAAAAUUAAAGCCGUUGGAAAGAUGUCGCGCAACUACUCCUUACUCAGGGAGGAGAGCGAAACGAUCAUGCAGUUGAAAGGCUUGUCACCCAAUGGCUUGAUGCCACCUGGAACACUGGCCGAGGGCAAGGAAGGCCUGAAACGAACUCUAAGAAAACACCUGACGUUCGACGAAAUCAAAAAGCUGGACGCGUCAAACGAGUGCAUGCCACCCUUGCCGCCAGAGCUGAGCAGCAGUGCCUCGCGACAAUUCCAGUCAAGAAAAAGUAUUUAACGUUUAUGUUAUGAUUAAUGCGAUUAUAAAAAGCUGUAUAGCUUUUUCUCAGUUGAUCAAUAAAAAUAAAAUUUUAAAAUUUUA